UAGAUGCACUGCCAUUUCCGUCGUCUCUGGAUGACGUGGAGAAUAGCAUGUGAGCCGAUGUGUACGUUCCUAGGGCAGGCUAACCCAAGUGUUUGACUGAUUACAAUAGUAUAGAGUUUGAUAACAUUACUAAGAACCUUGAGUCUGACCAUGGAUGGAAAAAGCCAAAAGAACAUAUAGUUGCCACCUACAUCGGUUUAUCAAGUCAUAGAAAAAUGGCUUAGCUAGGUCUUUCCCCAAACUGGCCAGCUACUGUCUGUUAGCUAGCGAGAAUCGCCGAAAGAAUAGGUUAACUUGCUGGAAAUCGGCUUCACAAUGGCUAAAGUGGAAACGAGAGGAAAAUCUGCAACUGUUGAAAGCCUGGUUCAAACAUGUAUCAAACUUGUUUGCCAACAUAUGUCUGUUCUUGAGGAAAGGAUUUCAGAUUUACCGGCCUCUCUUUUAAAAGACAUCCUUCCUCAUCUCAACAUCGUUUACCUCGACAGAAUUGAGUCGGCAGUUCAAAGCAAAGGAAUUUCCACUUCAUUUAUGUGGGAAUUCAUAUUCAAAGAUCUGGUCAAGACAUGGCGUUGCAGACCAAUGGUUGCUCAGCCUGACUGUGACUGGAAGCAGAAGUCCCUGGAGAGGCUCUUCCAUGUGGCCCUGUACACACACAACAGAGGGGACAAAAAGUACUUGUCAAACCUCAGUGAGCAGACCGUCCUCUCCAUGACGGUGUCAUAUGUCCAGACCCUGUCAGUAGUAUCCAGGAAGGUGUGUCGGCUAGCUACAGAGGAUCUUAAGCCCAUCCUAUCUGUGCUGGAGAGGAGGGCAGAUUCCCUCAAAUUGCUGGAUCGCUGGAGUCCGUGGACAGGCGUGGAGACAGACUUGUUGUACAUCCUCCACCGCCUCCUCGACCAUGGCUCUGUGAAGGAUGUCGAGAUGGGACGCUGCUAUGGUCUCGAUCUUCAGAACUGGAUUACCACCAGGUGUAGAAGAAUUGAUAGAGUGGGACCACAUUUAAACCACGAGUCUGUUGAGCUGCCUGUUGCAGGUACUUCUGCUGGCAUCCAGGGGACGGAGCCCCGUUGUUCAGAUUACACCUCCGUUGGCCCCCAGCGCAGCGGUUCAGCCACGGAGGAAGUGGCUUGUAAACGCAGAAGGAUCACUUGGCUAUGGGACAUGCCCACAGAAUUCCCCUGUGACACGUUUCUUCCCAAGUGUGGCCCCAUUUGUCCCAAAGGACAGAUAAACUCGCUGGACAUGCAAGUGACCCCAUUUGAAAUCACCAACGUGGUGUCACCAUCCCUACCAUUCUGGCUCUGUCUUCACACCCUGCAUCUUCACAAUGAGAGACUGUUUAAGGACUCUGAUCUGCUGGCGUUGGUGAACUCUCUCCAGAUUCUGUGCAGCAAGCCAGGCUGCCUCCUCAGAGAUCUCACUAUGGCCGUUAACGACCACACGCCUGUGGAUGCGGUGCUGGAGGCCUGCCCCUCACUGACGUCUCUCUCUCUUGACAUCUUCCCUCCAACACCUGGCUCAUGCAACAAGCUCAUACCAAUGAGAGCCUUUAAGCAUUUAGAACCCACAGUAUUUGUAUUGGAGAAGCUCUCUGUGAAAUCUUCCCAUGGGAAAGUGCAAAUAGAUAUGGAUGGUCUUCUGUCUGCACUGAAACAAACUCCAAAUCUCACCACUCUUCAUGUGGCAGGGAUCCACCCAGCUUCACCUAUACUCUGCACACUGGCAGAGUCAAAUAAAACCUUGAAGUCACUUACGUUGGAUGAUGUUAAUCUGGCCAGCUGUCAUUGUGAAAUCCUUCAUUUCUUGGAGAACUCUCUGCUGCAAGAUUUGUGCUUGAAAGACUGUCAGCUUUUUGACAAAUGUACUACAAAUGAAGACUUCCUCAUGCCCUUCGUAGAGACACUCAAGGGGCUGUGUUCUCUACAGACUCUCGCACUGCCUCAAAAUCGGCUGGCCAAAAGUGUGAAAGAUUUAGCAGAAAUUUUCUCAGGAGACACUCCAAGCCACAUAUUGAAACUGGACCUCAGCUCAAAUUACAUCUUGCCUGCUGACCUGCUUGAGUUCGGCACCUUGGUGAGUUUACAUAAGAGGUCACAACAGCCCUGCCCAAGACUGAUUCUGGACCUGAGGUUAAACCCAUUGGACCGGGACCAGGAGGUGAAGGAGCAAGCGCUGAGGGCACUCAUUCCCUUCAGUCACAUACUCACAGACAACUGGGACUCCAGGAACACCAUGGUUGAUCACAUUAGCGUGAUGUAGUCAGGGCUGGGGUGACCAGGCCACUACAGCAAACACGGAACUGUGCAUAGUUUCAGCAUCACCAUCUUAUUUUGUAUGUGUUAGAAGAAAACAUGAAAUAAAGAUUUUUUUUACUUGGAUUGUAA